UGGGAGUCGCGUGAUUGUAUCCUCAUCGGACUAUUUUUGUUGUAACACGCAGCAGGAUUCUAACAUGUCGAGCUCUUACAAAAACAGGAUCCAGGAGUUCAAGGAGGCGCUGAGUGAAGACAAGAUUGAGUUGAAGUCUCUCAGAGAACUGUGUUUCAGCGGAAUCCCAUUUGAAGGAGGCAUUCGAGCACUCUGCUGGAAAAUCCUUCUGAACUAUCUGCCUUUGGACCAGACUACAUGGGACUCAUUUCUCAAAAAGCAGAGGGAGGGGUACUCCCACUUCCUGAGGGAGAUGAUCAUCCAGCCAGGCAUCGCCAAAGCCAACCUUGGGCUGUUCCGGGAGGACGUCACCAUGGAGGACCACCCCCUCAACCCAAACCCAGACAGCAGGUGGAACAACUACUUCAAAGACAACGAGGUUCUCCUGCAGAUUGAUAAAGAUGUCAGGCGUCUGUAUCCAGACAUGGCGUUCUUCCAGCGGCCGACAGAUUACCCCUGCCAGCUGAUCCUCGACCCCCAGAACGAGUAUGAGACCCUGAGGCGCAGGGUGGAGCAGACCACCCUCAAGGCCCAGACAGUGGACCGCACCCGCAGUGGAGUCACUAACAUGAGCUCUCCAGGCAAAGCCCUCCACCUGUACCCCUCUAAUGAGUACUCCGUGCUGCCCCGUGGCUGUGAGGCGCAUUGGGAAGUGGUGGAGAGGAUCCUCUUCAUCUAUGCCAAGCUCAACCCUGGCAUCGCCUACGUCCAGGGCAUGAACGAGAUUGUGGGCCCCAUCUACUACACCUUCGCCACAGACCCCAACGACCAGUGGAAAGAACAUGCGGAGGCAGACACCUUCUUCUGUUUCACCAACUUGAUGGCAGAGAACAGAGAUAACUUCAUCAAGAGCCUAGAUGACUCCCAGUGUGGCAUCACCUACAAGAUGGAGAGGGUUUAUUCUAUGCUGAAGGACAAGGACAUGGAGCUCUAUCUCAAACUGCAAGAGCAGAACAUCAAGCCUCAGUACUUCACGUUUCGCUGGCUAACUCUGCUGCUGUCCCAGGAGUUCCUGCUUCCUGACGUCAUCAGGAUCUGGGACUCACUGUUCUCCGACCAGGACCGUUUCAACUUCCUCAUCCUGGUCUGCUGCGCCAUGCUCACAUUGAUCCGUGAUCAGCUACUGGUUGGAGACUUUACCAUCAACAUGAGGCUGCUGCAGGACUACCCCAUCUCUGACGUCCACACCAUCCUGACCAAGGCCAAGGAUCUGCAGCUGGGCUCCUAGCGGUCAUCCUCCACCGAGCCGGCCCGGAGGGAGGAGCCUGGCCUGGAGGGAGGGGCCUGGCCCGGAGGGAGGAGCCUGGAAGCUGGUAACUAGAGCUGACAGGCCCCCAGUGCAUUCUGGGAGGGGGAGUUGUACUCGGUCCCAGGUACACAAACCUCCGUCCCCCUGGAGACAGCCUUGUUUAUGUUUGCACUCGGGGGGGCAGGGGAGACGGGGGCUGGGGGGACACCUGAGCACAGUUCAGGAAGAGGACUGUGUAGAAUAACAUCCAUAGACUUCCCUCUUCAUCCCAGGAAGUGGACAGAUCCAACAUGGCUGUCUUCACGUCUUUGGAAGAUCUCUCUUUUAAAUAUAUUGGAAAUGUACUUUUUUGCUUCAUAAAUGUUAACUUGUAUUCAUUGUGACAAACCAGGAAGGAGGAUAGGAGGGUAGGAGGAUAUGAAGGCAGUAGGGUUGGGAGGGCACGAGGGUAGAAGGAUAAGAGGGUAGGAGGGUAGGGAGGGCACAAGGGUAGGAGGAUAAGAGGGUAGGAGGGCCUGGCGCUGAGAAGGGGAUUCUUCUUACUUGAAAUACUGUGUAUUUUGAGUUAGAUUUUGAAUUUUUAUUUUAUUUUUGAAUGUUGAACUCUGAACUACUCAAUAUAAUGUUUGCCAUUUUAACCAGUCAUACCAGAAAUGGCCAAUGACCAUAUAUUUUCAUGCUAACUGGAAUGAAGGUUUCAUGAAUACCAUGAAUGAAGUGCUACCAGGUGGGGUUUGUAGGAUAUGAACUUUCUGUUUUUAAGUUUGAAUGUUUCUCUGUCUGAAGUUGAUGUUACAGGAAGUGCUCAUCUUUAAUCUGAUGUUUAAAAACUGACAGCAUUAACUCACACACCUACUGCUUACAUCUUGCCAACUGCACAAUUGCUAUCCCAGGAGGUGACUGUUCGCUUUAAGUGCAUCUUUGCAGAUAAUAAUUUGUCAUUAUUGUGUUAAAAUUACAAUGUUGUCUACUUAAAAUCAAUGAUUUUUUUUAUUACUUUAAACAGCAAUAGUUACAUCAAAACCAACACAACACUGAAAUUAAUUCACCCUUUAAACAUUUGGAUUAAAUUGGGAUUGUAUUUCACAUAUUUAUGAAAUGUGUGAAAUUCUACAUAAUUGACAUACAGUUGUCAGGGAAUCGUCCAGGCUUAAUCAUCAGCUGGACUUGGGGCUGUAAUCAUCAGCUGGACUUAGGGCUGUAAUCAUCAGCUGGACUUGGGGCUGUAAUCAUCAGCUGGACUUAGGGCUGUAAUCAUCAGCUGGACUUGGGGCUGUAAUCAUCAGCUGGACUUGGGGCUGUAAUCAUCAGCUGGACUUGGGGCUGUAAUCACCAGCUGGACUUUGGGCUGUAAUCACCAGCUGGACUUAGGGCUGUAAUCAUCAGCUGGACUUAGGGCUGUAAUCAUCAGCUGGACUUUGGGCUGUCGGACCAUGAAUGAUCAAACACAGAGUCAUUACAAGUAAUGUGCUCACAAUGUUCUCUGAUGAAGCAGAAAUGUAUGUACCUUUUCAGACAUGUUUGUCCAGUGCCAUGUUGCCAUAUAGUGAAGCCCAGCAUGUGAGUGAUCCAGUGAUCCAGGGCUCCAGUGAUCCAGGGCUCCAGUGAUCCAGGGCUCCAGUGAUCCAGGGAUCCCUGGUUAUAAGCAGACGUGUUCUUCAUCUCCCGGUGAGCCUGUCAGCUGAAUGGUCUCAGCUCAGAAGCAGAAUGGUGUGUUAGUGGAGCUGCACCUCUUAUCCACCGUUCAGUAUGAGGCCCUGUUCUACAGUGGCAGACUAGCGGUCUGGUAGGUUGUGAUGCUGGUUGUCUAAGAUAUUAAGAUCUGUCGCAGCUUUAAAUAAAGGUGCUGUACUGUUAGUUCUGUCCCAGCUAUUGGCUGGGUACAUGGCAGCAACCCAGGUGCAGGAGAUGUUGGCCAGCCUGCUUGUCGUGGCCCAGAGACAUGCUGACCAUGUCUUUUCUGCAGCUCUAUUGUUACACUUGGAUAGUUUGGUAAGGAUCCUCCUACAGAGACCUUGGGCGUGGUGCCAGAACUCCACAGAGCUCCUGUGCUGGUUUAGUGUCUUUUAUUUCUCCAAACCCCAGACGGUCUGCCAGGAGGGCUCUGGUGGAAGCAGUGACUUUGUUCCCAUGCAGUUGUAUUCCAACUACACAGGCUGUGUUGGCCUUAUAUACCUGAGCUUAGAUCAGGGUUUGGUGUGGGUGUGGUUAGGGUGUUUGUACACAGUGAAGAACUCCCUCCUGUCCCAUGACCUGCUCCUCAGGCUUGUUGCUAUGGGAGCUCCUCAGGCUUGUUGCUAUGGGAGCUCCUCAGGCUUGUUGCUCUGGGAGCUCCCGGGUGCAGGACAAGAGCGUGUGUCAUGUGAGGGAGGGGCUGGGCACAGAGCCUCCGAUGGCCUGGGAGGAGAGGGAGUGGCCUGGCACAGAGCCUCCGAUGGCCUGGGAGGAGAGGGAGGGGCUGGGCACAGAGCCUCCGCUGGCCUGGGAGG